AAAAAGCUAGCACAUCAUCGUAUAGCCGGUUGGCACAUACUUCCUUGCGCUUAAAUUAAUGCGUAAAUAAAUAAUUAUUAUGAACGAUAUUAAGCGUUUGAAGGAACAGCAGCGCGAUAAACAUCCAGGAUUUGACGGCUAUCUGGACUGCAUGACACGUGCUCUCUUUACGGGCUUAUCAUCAUUUUGUUUAGGAUUUGCGGGCACAUAUUUUGUACAAAAGGCGGUUCAAACAAAAAUACGUUAUCCAGUUAAGUACAACGUAUUGAUUUCCUCCUUAGUAGCGACUGGUGUUGCAUAUCAAACGACAUCAACACGCACCAAAUCCUGUCAAGCGGCUUGGAUGGCUUACGAGGGCAAACACACUGUGCUCAAAGAGGAAACCUUUUAA